UCUCUCUCUCUCUUUCUCUUUUUCUCGGAUAAAGUCACGGCUGGCCGAGUGAAUAAGCGCGCGCCGCGAGAGACGCGAGGUUGCUCUUUAAACAACGGGGAAUGCAUUCGUCCAUGCGUUUCUCGCCAGCGUGUUAUUCUCCUUCCCGCUGACGUUUCUCCUCGGCUUUGUAAGAGCAAUACAAUUUGUUAAAGGAAGGUGUACAUCUUUAUCUCCAUCAAUUUUAGGCUUUUGUUGUGAUUCGGAGUAUUUGGAAGUUUUCUAUAUUUCUGGGCGAGUCUCUUCGUCAACAACACCAGCGAUAUUUCAUUAAUCAAGAAUGGCAAUGCAGAAGAUGAGAAGACAAGGUCAAGACGUCAUGCAGGUGAAUCUAGCAGGUAUUAGGCGAGAUAUUAUGAAUCUUGCCCAUAAUUACAGCAAUGCUCAGAAAGCUGUACGGAAAGCUACUAGCAAUGAUCCAUGGGGUCCAAGUAGUACACUUAUGGCAGAAAUUGCCGACUUAACAUACAAUGUUGUAGCAUUUACGGAAAUUAUGCAAAUGCUAUGGAAAAGAUUAAAUGAUCAUGGGAAAAACUGGCGACACGUAUACAAAGCCCUAGUUCUCUUAGAAUAUCUUAUUAAGACGGGAAGUGAAAAGGUAGCACAACAAUGCAAAGAGAAUAUUUUUGCCAUCCAAACCUUAAAAGAUUUUCAAUACAUGGAUGGGCAUAAAGAUCAAGGAAUUAACGUGAGGGAAAAAGCAAAACAAUUAGUGGCCUUAUUAAAAGAUGACGAGAGAUUGAGAAAUGAGCGAGCUAGAGCAUUGAAGGCAAAGGAGAGAUUUGCACAAUCAGUUAGUGGUUUUGGAAGUGAUGGCUUGGACACUAUGUCACCUGUUAGCAGUGAUUUUCAAGAUUGGGAGCCUUGUCAUUUAUCCGAAUUAUCGACUAGACGUGCAACGGAACUGGAAGCCGCAAGACCACAAACGGUAGGCGAAGAAGAGUUGCAACUACAGCUGGCCUUGGCUAUGUCCAGAGAAGAAGCGGAGCAAGAGGAGCAAAGAAGACGUAGCGACGAUGUUAGAUUGCAGUUAGCUCUCAGUCAGAGCCAGCAAGAUUUCAAAACUCCACAAUCUGAAAAGCAAAGUCAUAUGCUUGACUUACUCGAUGUAAAUCUAGGAGAAGCGAGCGGCUCUUCAGUACAAACUGAUCCUUGGGGUAUUCCGAUAGCAGCACCACCACCUAGACCACAGUCUUUGGAUUUAGCUGAGUUUUAUGAGCAUAAGCCACAGAAUGAUCCGUGGAGUGUUCCAACAACGAGUACCACGUCACCUGCGGUAGACCCGUGGACGCCUGUUCCUCCACAACGACCAAGCUCUUCAGCGGCCACUAUCGAUCCAUGGCGCGCACCUGCUCCGUCUCCUGCUACGGUCGUGUCUCCUCCUCGUACAAAUGAUCCUUGGUCACCAGUACCGUCUACUACUACUAUUACUGAAUCAGAGACGAACAAAGUGCAGGCAACUCAAGACGGCAUAACAUCCUCGUCGCCAUCUUUCAACAAUUCAACCUUGACACAAAAUAUUGGCUUUGCCGCGCAGUCGCCUCAGAAUAUAGGAUUCAAUUUGCCGCCGGUGUCUUCGGAUACUACCUUUAGCACUACUACUAACGGUUUCAACGGCACAGGACUAGGCUUUAAUAAUUUUUCCACUCAAAAUAAUGGUAAUGCUGCCGCGACGAGUCCGCUUAGUGAUUUAGACGAAUUCGAUGUGAUCACCAACAGAGGAAAACUUGGAGCGAGUCCACAGACGGUUAACAAUGGUGGUACAACAUCGGGCGACCCUUUUGAUCUGGGAGGCAUGGCUGAGAAUCUUUCUGCUAGUACUGGUGCUGUAAAGAAAACACCACAAUCCUUUUUAGGAGAGAAUUCGGCACUCGUUAAUUUGGAUAAUCUUGUCAGCGCUUCGACAAUUAAGCCUACGGCUCCUACGCCUGCAGCAACUAUGUCAUAUGCAGCAAAUCCGUUUGCAACUGUGACUCCACCACCCCGUCCUUCAAUCAAUCAGAUUCGACAGGAUCCAUGGACAGCGAAUACAACAUCUGUGGCUAAUCCGUUCCUCUCGUAGCCUGAUCGAUAAAUCGAAAGCUUCAUAGUUAUUGCGAUUUACGAGACGUGGUUUGCAGUUCUACACGUAACUCUAUACGGUAUAUAGAUUUCGGUUACAACGGUAAAACACGAUUUUAAUUAUAGCAAUUAUGCAUGGGAAGGCGCGAAUAAGAUCAAUGUGAGAGAGAGGACAUCCUCAUCAAUGAAUAUUUUAUCGAUAAUUUAAAGCAUUACUUUUCGAUGGAUUAUAUUGCAAUACACUUAUACUCGUUGUACAAGUUUUCCUUUCUUUUUUUUCUUUUUGCAUGUAUUACUCGCUUUUUAAAGUUUAUCGUGAGAUAAUCACCUAAACACUAAUUAGUAGAGUGUGGCAUACGCAUAAUUAAGAUAAUUGGGUGAUUAAAAAAAAUAUAAAUCAUGUUUUAACUCAAAACGCUUAAGCGAUCCCAAGGUACGACUGGAUUUUAUAUAUAUACUCCUUUCUCUAUAUAAUCUAUAUUUUCUAUGUAUGAAUUGAUUCAGAGAAAGAUUGUCAGCAAUAACGCUUUUGCUGAGGAAAGAAUGUAACAUAAUGCUGGCGUUGAGAUCAGUUUAUGCGUUUUAUAUUUAUACACACGUUUUCUAUAGUAAAAAAAACAAAACGAGAUCGUGAGACUGUAAUCGUGAUUUGCAAAAGCACUAUUAUAUAUCGAACUAAUUCCGUUCACCGUUAUACGCUUAAGAUGUGUCGAUUAUGAUCUAUAAAAAAAAAUUCAAUGUCGUGGCUUGCUUUCUAAAAAAAAAGAAUUCAGAAUUUGAAAGGCAGCUAGUAUGUUGCAAAGUGUAUUGAAAAUUUCGUACAUAACCAAUCAUAUACUGUAUAGUCAAUCAUUUCUACGAAUGACUUACUGCGACCUAUGACACACCAAGGCACUUUUAAUUGAAAAUGCAACCAUGAAAGUAGCAUUCACAUUAACGACACGAAUACUAAGGAAAUAAUAUGUAUUAUUUUUAAUUAUCUCUCGAUUCUGAGUUUUAAUUGAUCCUAAGUCCUAAAGCAUAUUUUGUGCAGAUUUGGCAUAGCUAAAAAAUCAAAUUAAAAAGAAAAUAAUACGAUAAUAAGUGUGUCUAUUCGAGAAUCAUUGAUAUCUAAAUUUUAAAAUAAUUGCGUUAUUUCUAAUCUAAAGUUAUUUGCAAUUUAACUGUUUGCAUCAACAUCUAAAGUUAUUUAAAAAUGAAAUCAUUUGUAAGAUAAAUUUAUACAAAAUUUACAAGAUAUUCUUGCCUAUGUGCUAUCAUGUUUUUUUUAAAUGCGAAUGACUCGAAAAUAUGAAUCUUUCUUUAUGUAUAAGACAAUUUAUAGAUGUAUCUUGAUUUAUAUAGGAAUUGUACAUAAUAUUACACAGCAUAUUGUUCCCUAUUUGUCAAAUGUUUGUAAUGCGUUUAAUAGAUAUAUAGACUAUUUUUCAUCUUUAAAAGCUGUGUCUUCUUAGUUUUGUUCUUGGGUUUUACAUUUUGCAGAAAAAUUGGUUGAACUAUUUCUUUUUUUAAAUUUGCUAUUUACUGAUACUGAUACUUUUUUAUUAUAGAUUGUACUUUGAUUAUAGAUAUAUUUGGUUCUCAUAUAUUAUGCAUUUAUGAGUAAACAAACAUUAUUUUCAAAUAAAAUCAUCGAAUCAUUAUAGUCACAGCAUCUUUUUCUUAAAAACAGCAUUUUAGUUUUAUUGAAAAACUCAAAUUAUACAUCAUUGACAAAAGGGAACUAUAUCCGCUUAUCUCUAUGCAAGUAAAUCAAGUUGCACGAUUCAAACUGUUCUAAGUAAAUGUCAAGGAAAUAAUUCCAAUGUAUUAUUUAUCGUUAAAUCUAUAAUUUCUGUUGGCUUUAUGCAAUUUUAAUAUACUUGCUUAUAUGAGUGAAACUGUAUAUUUAAUAUAUAUUUAUUCAAUGUUCGCCAGAAUAUGAAGUUAAAACUUAUAAUAUAUACACAAUAAUGACUGAAAAUUUGAUUAUACAAUCAUUAUUUUUAGUGAUUUGAAAAUAAAUCUAUUAGCCAUUGGUGCCUGUUGAACAUAAAGAUGUUCACAGCAUUUUGUAUUUUUCAAUUAUAUAAUUUUAUUCAUAUAAUAUCUUUUUUGUUUAUUUACAUAAUAUAUCAAUCAUGAUAUAUACAUAACUUCAUCUCUGUGCGAACAGUGGAAUAUAUUUGGUUAGCUUUUAGAGCUAAGAUGUAAUAGCAGAAAAAUUCAAAGAACAUUUAUAUAAAUAAAUAUUAUAUAUUUUAGUAGAUUA